AUGCGUUGGCCAUCCACAACAUCGCCAGCCGCAUCGUCGGCCGCUGGCAUGCUGUCCCUCCUCCUCCUAGCGACACCGGCCACUGCGAUGCUCCACUGCGAUGCAAUCGUGGCACAAGGCCAAAAGUUCAACUUCAAAGACCUCAAGGGCCCCCACUCGGUGGUCACGACACAGCAGCUGGAGGAAUGGGAACCAUUCCAGUACCGCAACACAACGUACACAGUGGACCUCUGUGCACCGCUGAAGAAGGACGGCCCGGCCAGCGAGAGCUGUCCGAACGGCGCAAGGGUUUGCGGCAUCGUGCGCGGCAUCAAAGACGAUCAAGACCAAGUGCAGGCAGUCAUUCCGAUCGCAGGCGAGCUGGCCAACCACGGCAUGGGCAGCUUAGAGCCCAAGACAACACGACUCAAGACGUCCGAAUCGGGUGAUGAUGCAAAGAAGGAGGGGGUUCGGAUCGUGCUCAACGGCGGAAAAUCGUCCAUUAGCGGACAGGAUCGGACACAGCAAGCCAUCAUCGAAAUGGUGUGCGACAAGGACAAAACCGGCAAGGAGGGCGAGUGGGACCCGAAAGACGACAAAUAUGAGCCGGGCCAGGAGGAGACCGAGGAGGAAGGAAGCUCAUCUGCUCGGGAGCGGAAGAGAGCGGAUGGCGACGAAGGGCAGAAUGAGAAGUCGGAGCAUCAGCUGCGCAAGCCGGACUCGGCCCUGAUCUUUGACAGCUACGGGCCCCGGAGUGAGGAUGCGAAAGUCGAUGUGCUGAGGUUGACUUGGCACACGAAAUAUGCAUGCGAGGGCCUGCCGGCCGACGAGUAUCCGAGCAACGAGCACUGGGGCUUCUUCACAUGGCUUGUCAUCCUUGUAUUCCUUGCUACUGCAUCUUACCUGAUCUUUGGCUCCUGGUUGAACUACAACCGCUACGGCGCCCGGGGGUGGGAUCUGUUACCGCACGGUGACACCAUCCGAGAUAUCCCAUACCUUCUGAAAGACUGGACCAGGAGGGUCCUCAACACCGUACAGGGCACCGGUUCCAGAGGGGGCUACUCGGCAGUCUGA